GACAGGGUAAUGGUGGCUUCUCGUCCCACUUGAGCCUCACGCAGCUGACGGGACGGAUCUCGGCUCCUGAGCCUCAACGAGCUCCCGGGGAUCGAACCUGUGAACGUGUGAUGCUUCGUCACGAUGGGAAACAUCUUUGGGAAGAAGAAGGUGACCCGCGUGACGGAGCAGGACAAGGCCAUUCUGAAACUGAAGCAGCAGAGAGAUAAACUGCGUCAGUACCAGAAGAAGAUCAACCUGCAGCUGGAGAAGGAGCGAGCUCUGGCCAAGCAGCUGCUGAGGGAUGGAAAGAAAGACAAAGCUCUCCUCCUGCUGAAGAAGAAGCGCUACCAGGACAAACUGCUGGACCAGACGGAGAACCAGAUCAGCAACCUGGAGCGACUGGUUCAGGACCUGGAGUUUGCCCAGAUCGAGAAGACGGUGCUCGACGGCCUGAAGGUCGGAAACGAGUGUCUGAAGAAGAUGCACGAGGUGAUGUCGAUUGAGGAAGUCGAACGGAUCAUGGAUGAAACUCAAGAUUCCAUCGAUUACCAAAGGCAAAUAGACGAGAUGUUGGCCGGCUCGUUCACACAGGAAGAUGAAGACGCUGUUCUCGCUGAGCUGGAGGCCAUUACUCAGGGAGACGUGGAUCUUCCCGAGGUUCCUUCAGACGCGCUGCCAGAUGUUCCAGAGGAAGAGGAGGAGAAACCAGAGCAAGAACGUCCCAGAAAGAAACCAGAGCGAGAGCUGCUCGCCGCAUGAGAGCACGCCGACCUCCAGCUGCUGGUUUUCUACAACACUCCAGUCCCACAGGAAACAAACAUUUAGCAGGAGACCUCGCUCCCUCACUGCUUUGCAGAAAGUGGCAGCGGCUUCCAGACACUGAUCUUCCUCCACGUCCUCCAGUGGCUGUUUGUCCUCUGCUGCAGGACGACACUUGAACGCAUCACGACUGGUUCAUCAGAAACUUUGACAAACGUUGAUUUUACUCCUGAUGACAUUAGACGACUAACUCUAACCUCUGAUUCAUGUUCUUUCUCCACUAAAUCAUUUUACAUACAGUAACUUAGCCAUCUCCUCUCAGCCCCAAGAAGACUUGUUUUAUAAAAUGCCUCUUUGUAUAACUUCUUUCUGGCUUUUGUGAACUUGGGGCCAGUUCCAUUUUGAGCACCGUGUUUGUUGUGUUAACUCUGCAGAGCUUACUAUUAAAAAGACUCAGAGGCAA